UUUUGUUCUUCUACCCUUGUUCUCUCUCUUCUUCGUCUUCUCCUCUUUCUCUCUCUCUCUCUCUCUCUCUCUCUCUCAUCCUUCGUCGUCUCCCGCGCGCGUCGCACGAAGCCCCCCGAUCCCCCAGAGCUCCACCGACGCGAUGAUGGAGGAUCUGGGCAUCGAAGCCAAGGAUGCCGCCGUGCGCGAGGUGGCGAAGCUCCUCCCCCUCCCGGAGCUCCUCGCCUCCAUCUCCACCAUCAAAUCCGACUACCUCUCUCGUCAACAGACAAAUGAUGCGCAACUCAGCACGAUGGUUGCUGAACAGGUAGAACAGGCUCAUGCUGGCAUAGAUGCGCUUGCUUUAUCACAGAAAACAAUAAACACACUGCGCGAAAACUUUGUAGCUAUUGAAAAGCUGUGCCAAGAAUGUCAAACACUGAUUGAAAAUCAUGACAAGAUAAAACUUCUUAGCAAUGCAAGAAACAACUUGAACAAAACUUUAAAGGACGUGGGAGGAAUGAUGUCUAUUUCUGUUGAAGCAGCUGCCGCACGUGAUUCUUUAAGUGAUGACAAGGAACUGAUUCACACUUAUGAGAAAUUAGCAGCUUUGGAUGGUAAGAGGCGUUUUGCAUUAGCAGCUGCUGCAUCUCACAAGGAAGAGGUUGGCCGAUUAAGAGAAUACUUUGAAGAUGUGGAUCGAACUUGGGAAACAUUUGAAAAGACAUUGUGGGAUCACGUUUCGAACUUUUUUAAACUGGCUAAAGAAAGCCCACAAACACUGGUGCGAGCUUUAAGAGUAAUUGAAAUGCAAGAGAUCCUAGAUCAGCAACUUGCGGAGGAGGCUGCAGAGGCUGAGGGUGAGGGCACUAUGUCAACAAUUACAAAUCCACGCAAAUCUGCAAAAAAAGCUUCAGUUUCAACAGCUUCACCGAGAAAUGUAAUGCCAGAUAAGUCUAAGGGCCAGGGAAAAGGUUACAAGGACAAGUGUUAUGAGUGUAUUCGGAGCUCUGUUGAAGGGCGUUUUAACAAAUUGCUGACCCAGCUAGUUUUUGAAGAUUUGAAACUUGCUUUAGAGGAAGCCAAGGCGAUUGGUGCAGAGCUUGCUGAUAUAUAUGACUAUGUGGCUCCUUGUUUUCCACCUAGAUAUGAAAUUUUCCAGCUCAUGGUUAAUCUUUAUACGGAGAGAUUCAUUCAAAUGCUUAGACUGCUCAGUGAUAGAGCAAAUACUUUGACAAAUAUUGAAAUCCUGAAGGUAACUGGUUGGGUUGUUGAAUAUCAAGAUAAUCUGAUUGGCCUAGGCGUUGAUGAGUCUUUAGCACAAGUUUGUUCGGAAAGUGGUGCAAUGGAUCCUCUUAUGAAUGCAUACGUUGAGCGAAUGCAAGCAACAACAAAGAAAUGGUACACAAAUAUCCUGGAGGCUGAUAAAGUACAACCACCCAAGCAAACAGAAGAUGGUAAAUUUUAUACACCUGCGGCUGUGGAUUUAUUCAGAAUUUUGGGAGAACAAGUUCAAAUUGUGAGGGAAAAUAGCACUGACGUCAUGUUAUACCGGAUUGCUCUUGCUAUUAUUCAGGUAAUGCUUGAUUUUCAAGCAGCUGAAAGGCAGAGGCUUGAGGAACCAGCUUCUGAAAUAGGUUUGGAAGCCCUUUGUGCUAUGAUUAACAACAACCUGCGCUGUUAUGAGCUUUCAACCGAGCUUAGUAGCAGCACACUGGAAGCUCUGCCACAAAACUACGCUGAACAGGUUAAUUUUGAAGACACUUGUAAAGGCUUCCUUGAAGUUGCCAAGGAAGCAGUCCUUCAAACUGUUAAUGUUAUUUUUGAAGACCCUGGUGUGCAGGAGCUACUUGCCAAACUUUACCAGAAGGAUUGGCUUGAAGGAUUGGUCACUGAAUAUUUAGUUGCAACAUUUGCUGAUUAUUUUGCGGAUGUUAAACUCUACAUUGAAGAAAGAUCAUUCAGAAGAUUUGUUGAAGCUUGCCUUGAGGAAACAAUUGUAGUUUAUGUUGAUCAUCUCCUUACUCAGAGAAGCUACAUUAGAGAAGAAACAAUUGAAAGAAUGAGGCUAGAUGAAGAAGUGCUUAUGGAUUUCUUUAGGGAGCACAUAAAUGCAACGAAAGUUGAAAACAGAGUGAGGAUUCUGGCUGAUCUAAGAGAUUUAGCUUCAGCUGAGAGCCUGGAUAGUUUUACUCUGGUCUACACAAAUAUUCUCGAACAUCAAUCGGACUGCCCACCUGAGGUUGUUGAAAAGCUUGUGGCAUUACGAGAAGGCAUACCGAGGAAGGAAGCAAAAGAGGUGGUACAAGAAUGCAAAGAAAUAUAUGAGAAUUCUCUUGUGGACGGCAACCCUCCAAAGGCUGGAUUUGUCUUUGGAAAAGUCAAGUGUCUCGCUGCACCGAAGGGCUCUCUGUGGAGAAAGCUUGGUUGAUAACAGUUUUGAAGAGUAUGUAUAUGGAACAUUUCUGCAUUUUGCUGCAAUUUUGCUUCUUUUUUUUUGUGCAUUCUUUUAACUAGUUUGUAAGCCCUACUUAUCUCUCCUUCAUCUCAUCCGCGUGGAGUAAUACAAAAGAGAAUCCCUAGUAGCUGCAGUGACUUUUGGGCUUAAUCGGAACGUGUCGUAUUCGAUGUAGUGUUGUAGGGUUUUUUUGGGUGAGAAGUAGAAAUAUUUGUGCAAAUGAUUUGCUGGCUCGUUGCUUGUAAUUUCUUAUUUAUUCUUAGUUGUGUAGUUGAUAACUCCCUAAGGGCUAUGUUAUACUAUGCAAGCUAAUUCGACAUAGCACUCAUAAGUUUAUAUGCUUCUACAA